CGAGCAUGACCCGAGAGGCACAAGCAGCGCAGGCGGCCGGCGCAAUCCCCUCCGGCGGGUUGUGCCUGCUGGUGAUCGACCAGCAGGUCGACUUCCACCCGGGCGGCUCACUGGCGAUCCCCACGGCCAACGAGGACGCGGCGCGCAUCGCGGCGUUCAUCUCCAAGCACGCGCGGCUGCUGAGCCAGCUCGUGCUCACGCUGGACUCGCACCAGCGCUACCACAUCGCGCACGGCGUCUUCUGGGAGAACGCGGAGGGACAGUCGCCCGAGCCCUUCACGCUCAUCACGGCCAAGGACGUGGCCGCCGGCGUCUGGCGGCCGCGCGACCCGAGUCUCAAGAGCUACGUGCUGGCGUACACGACGGCGCUGGAGGCCAGCGGCAAGUUCACGCUCUGCAUCUGGCCCGAGCACUGCCUCAUCGGCUCGCCCGGACACAACAUCGUGCCCAAUGUGCACGCCGCGGCGGUGGAGUGGACCAAGCUCUCUCUCAAGCCCGUGCAGUACGUCAUGAAGGGCAGCAACUCGUUCACGGAGCACUACUCGGCGCUCAAGGCCGAGUUCGAGCUGCCGUACGAUCCGGCGACAAGCUUGAACCAAGCGCUGGUGGACUCCCUCAAGCUCGCCGACAAGGUCAUCGUCUGCGGCGAGGCCAUCUCGCACUGCGUCAACUGCACGGUGCGCGACCUGGUGGCCGCCUGGCCCGAGGAGCGGCGCCAGGACUUGGUGAUCCUGACGGACUGCGCGUCCCCCGUUCCGGGCUUUGAAAAGGCCGGCGAGGAGUUCUUGCGCGAUAUGGCCGCUGAAGGACUCACCCUCACCACGUCGGCGGAGUUCGCUGCGUAG